CUCCAUCGAGCCAUGCGACAGUGGUGCCUCCCGGCUGCGGCCCCGCGAACCGAACCGAUGCCCACAGGGCGCCUCUCACCCCCGCUAUCAGGUAGGUUAGGCAGGCUGGCACUGUACAUGCCAUGGGUCAAUAACACAUUGUUUUGCAGUCAAUGCACAUAUUCAAUCAAUGUACAGUUCAUCUCUCUGUUACCCAGAAGUAAAAAUUAUCUCGCGAAAAUAUGUCAUUUCUCUCCACGAGAUAUUGAAUGUACUGUAGACUACAUAGCGUUCAACAUCAUGGCAUGAAAUAUGUUUUUUAGCCCAAGUUAUGUUUGUUGUUUUUCCUCAUGACACUUCAUUUAAAAGCUGUUAGUGUAUAUUUAUUAUGACUUUAAAUUAGCAAUCAGGCAGUGAAUCAUCAGGCUUUUCCUCAAGACAAAUGUGGCAGGGUGAGUGUAGAACAGGGUUCUUCAAUUCCGGUCCUGUUUUUCAUCCUCUCCUUCUAAUCAGGGGCUAAUUCAGACCUGGGACACCAGGUGAGUGCAAUUAACUACCAGGUAGAAAUAAUAAACAGAAGUGUUUCGGCCCUCCAGGACCGGAAUUGAAGAACCCUGGUGUAGACUGUGCCAAAUACACUGAGUAUACAAAACGUUAAGAACACCUGUUUUUUCCAUGACAUAGACUGACCAGGUGAUUCCAGGUGAAAGCUAUGAUCCCUUACUGAUGUCACUUGUUUAAUCCACUUCAAUCAGUGUAGAUAAAGGGGAGGAGACGGGUUAAAGAAGGAUUUUUAAGCCUUGAGACAAUUGAGACAUGAUUGGUGUAUGCCAUUCAGAGGGUGAAUGGGCAAGACAAAAGAUUGAAGUGCCUUUGAACGGGGCAGUUCUUGAUACAAACCAGGCGCACUGUUUUGUCAAGAACUGCAACGCUGUUGGGUUUUUCACGCUCAACAGUUUCCUGUGUGUAUCAAGAAUGGUCCACCACCCAAAGGACAUACAGCCAAAUUGACACGUGGGAAGCAUAGGAGUCAACAUUGGCCAGCAUCCAUUUUGACACCCGACGAAUUGAGGCUGUUCUGAGGAACUCAAUAUUAGCAAGAUCUUCCUGAUGUUUGGUAUAAACAGUGCCAUAGUUGGCCACACUUUUGAAUGACCCAUGGUUCCACAUGGAGGAGGAUGCAGCCUCACACUGACUACAAAUCCAGCUGUAUUUUUCCUUUGUAAGUGAACUUGACAACAAAGUGCUGCUGAUCCAGUAUUUUAAUGUAAUAUUGUGGACAAAAGUCAUGUGUGUUUUAACCCGUUAGAUGUCAGGAUGGAGUGUUGUGAGGUGGAGCCACGCUACACCAUCGAGCAGAUCGACCUCCUCCAGCGCCUCCGUCUCUCAGGGAUGACCAAGCCACAGAUCGUCCAGGCCUUGGGGUCCCUAGAGCGACUAGACCCCGACCACCGCCCCCCGUACUGCAACGACACCGCCACCGCCAACCCCACCACCAACACCACCCCUACCACAGCCUCCGCCCCAGCCCCACCCUCCUCCUCUUCCUCCUCCUCCUCCUCCUCUUCCUCCCUCUCCUUGGCAUCCGCCACAACGCAGACCCCCGGGCUGGACGGUGCCUCGCUGUCGCCUAGCAACAGCUACGAGGCCUCUCCCCCGCCGCAGUACCCGCAUGGGGUUGGAGUUCAGAAGUCGUUUAGCUAUGACAUCAUGGCGGAGGAGGACUGGGAUCUGGAGGAGAAGGUGGAGGAGUACAUGAGGUGAGAGGGAGGGAGGUAGUAGUGAAACAUGAAGAGAAGGUAGAAGAUAAGGAGGGGUAUUUGAUGUGAACAUAGCAGAAGGUAGAAGAUAAGGAGGGGUAUUUGAGGUGAACAUAGCAGAAGGUAGAAGAUAAGGAGGGGUAUUUGAGGUGAACAUAGCAGAAGGUAGAAGAUAAGGAGGGGUAUUUGAGGUGAACAUAGCAGAAGGUAGAAGAUAAGGAGGUGUAUUUGAGGUGAACAUAGCAGAAGGUAGAAGAUAAGGAGGGGUAUUUGAGGUGAACAUAGCAGAAAGUAGAAGAUAAGGAGGGGUAUUUGAGGUGAACAUAGCAGAAGGUAGAAGAUAAGGAGGGGUAUUUGAGGUGAACAUAGCAGAAGGUAGAAGAUAAGGAGGGGUAUUUGAGGUGAACAUAGUAGAAGAUAAGGAGGGGUAUUUGAGGUGAACAUAGCAGAAAGUAGAAGAUCUAGCUCUGAGAGAGGAAGAUGAUUAUAUCAUCAUCAGAUAAUAACAGCCAGUCCCUGGUGAUGCUAGAUUAUUCUCCUACUGUUAGCCUGACUAAUUUGGGUCAGGUGUGUAGGGAGAGACAGAUAAAGAGAUGACUGCAGCCAGGCUUACAUACAGGAUCUACACAAGGCUUUGUCACAGUCUCUGGCAAUAUGGUGUCUUGUACAAGUUUGUAGACAUUCCAGAAACCACAGUCAAAUCAAUGCAGAGAGAAAGAAAAUAGAGAAAUAAUAGAAAAGUACAGGGGUGCCUAGUCGAUGUGCAGGGGUGCCUAGUCGAUGUGAAGGGGUACCUAGUCGAUGUGCAGGGGUGCCUAGUCGAUGUGCAGGGGUACCUAGUCCAUGUGCAGGGGUACCUAGUCCAUGUGCAGGGGUACCUAGUCCAUGUACAGGGGUACCUAGUCCAUGUGCAGGGGUACCUAGUCCAUGUGCAGGGGUACCUAGUCCAUGUGCAGGGGUGCCUAGUCCAUGUGCAGGGGUGCCUAGUCCAUGUGCAGGGGUGCCUAGUCCAUGUGCAGGGGUACCUAGUCCAUGUGCAGGGGUAUCUAGUCCAUGUGCAGGGGUACAAGGUUGCUCUGCUUCUGUGUGUAGGCUGCAUUAAAUAUAUCCAGUCAACAAAUGGUGAAUCUGGAGUCAUGUCAGCUAGGCCUAUGGCUUCCUCUGCUCGUUUCCAGCUCUCUUUCAUCAGCUUUUCUGAAAACAUAGGGGAGGCAAAAAUCCUAUGGUGGAGAAUGUACACGUUGUCUGGUUCCACCAGCAUAUCCACAAUACUGCAGAUGUAAUGAAUAAUAAUAUGCCAUUUUAGCAGACGCUUUUAUCCAAAGCGACUUACAGUCAUGCGUGCAUACAUUUUUGCGUAUGGGUGGUCCCCAGGGGGAUCGAAUGAUUUGGAUAUAAGCAGAGGAAGAAUCUUUUGAGAUGUACCGAAGUUGUGAUGAUGAUGACUGUUGCUCUAGCCACUGCUAGCCCCACAAACAGGAAGCUAGAAACAGGAAGUAUAUUGUCUGUUCUUACUCUGUGGUGCCCUGUUGUGCUUUUAUAGGAGGGACAGUAACCUGGUGAAGGAGGAGAUCAAGACUUUCCUCAACAACCGCAGGAUCUCCCAGGCCAUCGUGGGACAGGUCACAGGUAAUGCGUUCAUAUAUUCUGCUAUAGACAGCUUUUUUUUAGUGAACCUGUGAUAGUGUGCGCUGUUUACAUUGUUUUGUAUGAAUAUUACCUGUCUUUCCAUGUAGGAUAUUUUAUAACACUCUCAUGUGUUCCUACUCACUCUCCUUCUCUUCCCUCCAUCUCUGUUUCUCCUCUCCUCUUGUUAUCUACCUUCCUUCUCCUUUCCUCCUCACUCCUCUCCUCUCCCUAGGAUUCAUUCAGUUCUGUCUCCUCUCCCUAGGAUUCAGUCAGUUCUGGUUCCUCUCCCUAGGAUUCAGUCAGUUCUGGUUCCUCUCCCUAGGUAUCAGUCAGUUCUGUCUCCUCUCCCUAGGAUUCAGUCAGUUAUGUCUCCUCUCCCUAGGAUUCAGUCAGUUCUGUCUCCUCUCCCUAGGAUUCAGUCAGUUCUGUCUCCUCUCCCUAGGAUUCAGUCAGUUCUGUCUCCUCUCCCUAGGAUUCAGUCAGUUCUGUCUCCUCUCCCUAGGAUUCAGUCAGUUCUGUCUCCUCUCCCUAGGAUUCAGUCAGUUCUGGUUCCUCUCCCUAGGUAUCAGUCAGUUCUGGUUCCUCUCCCUAGGUAUCAGUCAGAUUUACAAUGCCUUCAGAAAGUAUUCAUACACCUUGACUUAUUCCACAUUUUGUUGUUAGAGCCUGAAUUCAAAAUGGGUUAAAUACACACUACCAGUCAAAAGUUUGGACACACCUACUCAUUCAAGGGUUUUUCUUUAUUUUUACUAUUUUUUACAUUGUAGAAUAAUAGUGAAGACAUCAACACUUUGCAAUAACACAUAUGGAAUCAUGUAGUAACCAAAAAAGUGUUAAACAAAUCAAAAUAUAUUUGAGAUUCUUCAAAGUAGCCACCCUUUGCCUUGAUGACAGCUUUGCACACUCUUGGCAUUCUCUCAACCAGCUUCAUUAGGUAGUCACCUGGAAUGCAUUUCCAUUAACAGGUGUGCCUUCUUAAAAGUUAAUUUGUGGAAUUUCUUUCCUUAAUGCGUUUGAGCCAAUCAGUUGUGUUGUGACAAGGUAGGGGGGUAUACAGAAGAUAGCCCUAUUUGGUAAAAGACCAAGUCCAUAUUAUGGCAAGAACAGCUCAAAUAAGUAAAUUGUGAGCUCUGUAGCUCAAUUGGUAGAGCAUGGCGCUUGUAACGCCAGGGUAGUGGGUUCGAUCCCCGGGACCACCCAUACGUAAAAAUGUAUGCACACAUGACUGUAAGUUGCUUUGGAUAAAAGCGUCUGCUAAAUGGUUUAUUAUUAUUAUAUUAUUAUAGAAACGACAGUCCAUCAUUACUUUAAGACAUGAAGGUCAGUCAAUACGGAACAUUUCAAGAACUUUUAAAGUUUCUUCAAGUGCAGUCGCAUAAAUCAUAAAGCGCUAUGAUGAAGCUGGCUCUCAUGAGGACCGCCACAGGAAUGGAAGACCCAGAGUUACCUCUGCUGCAGAGGAUAAGUUCAUUAGAGUGACCAACCUCAGAAAUUGCAGCCCAAAUAAAUGCUUCACAGAGUUCAAGUUACAGACACAACUCAACAUCAACUGUUCAGAGGAGACUGUGUGAAUCAGGCCUUCAUUGUCGAAUUGCUGCAAAGAAACCACUACUAAAGGAAACCAAUAAGAAGAAGAGACUUGCUUGGGCCAAGAAACACGAGUAAUGGACAUUAGACCGGUGGAAAUGUGUCCUUUGGUCUGGAGUCCAAAUGUGAGAUUUUUGGUUCCAACCGCCGUGUCUUCGUGAGACGCGUUGUGGGUGAACGGAUGAUCACUGCAUGUGUAGUUCCCACCGUAAAGCAUAGAGGAGGAGGUGUUACGGUGUGGGGGUGCUUUGCUGGUGACACUGUCUGUGAUUUAUUUAGAAUUAAAGGCACACUUAACCAGCAUGGCUACCACAGCAUUCUGCAGUGAUAUGCCAUCCCAUCUGGUUUGGGUUUAGUGGGACUAUCAUUUGUUUUUCAACAGGACAAUGACCCAACACACCUCCAGUCUGUGAAAGGGCUAUUUGACCAAGAAGGAGAGUGAUGGUGCUGCAUCAGGUGACCUGGCCUCCACAAUCCCCCGACCUCAACCCAAUUGAGAUGGUAUGGGAUGAGUCGGAGGCCAGAGUGAAGGAAAAGCAGCCAACAAGUGCUCAGCAUAUGUGGGAACUCUUUCAAGAUUGUUGGAAAAGCAUUCCAGGUGAAGCUGGUUGAGAGAAUGCCAAGAGUGUGCAAAGCUGUCAUCAAGGCAAAGGGUGGCUACUUUGAAGAAUCUCAAAUAUAAAAUAUAUUUAGAUUUGUUUAACACUUUUUUUGGUUACUACAUGAUUCCAGAUGUGUUAUUUCAUAGUUUUGAUGUCUUCACUAUUAUUCUACAACGUAAAAACAUUAAAACAAUUAAUAAAAACCCUUGAAUGAGUAUGUGGUCCAAACUUUUGACUGGUACUGUUUAUAUAUGUUCAACCAUCUACACACAAUACCCCAUCAUGAAAACAACAUGUUCUUAGACAUUUUUACAAAUGUAUUGAAAAUUAAAUACAGAAAUAAUAAUAAUAUAAUAAUAAUAUGCCAUUUAGCAGACGCUUUUAUCCAAAGCGACUUACAGUCAUGCGUGCAUACAUUUUUGUGUAUGGGUGGUCCCGGGGAUCGAACCCACUACCUUGGCGUUACAAGCGCCGUGCUCUACCAGCUGAGCUACAGAGGACCACCCAUACACAGAAAUAUUUUGUAGAAGCACCUUUGGUAGAUUCUGCGUAAGUCUCUAAGAACUUUCCACAACUGGAUUAUGCAACAUUUGCCCAUUUAUUAUUUUCAAAAUUCUUCAAGCUCUGUCAAAUUGGUUGUUGAUCAUUGAUAGACAACCAUUUUCAGGUCUUGCUAUAGAUUUUCAAGUAGAUUUAGGUCAAAACUGUUACUCGGCCAUUCAGGAACAUUCACCGUGUUCUUGGUAAGCAACUCCAGUGUAGAUUUGGUGUUUUAGGUUAUUGUCCUGCUGAAAGGUUAAUUAAUCUCCCAGUGACUGAACCAUGUUUUCCUCUAGGACUUUGCCUGUGCUUAGCUCCAUUCCGGUUAAUUUUUUAUCCUGAAAAACUCCCCUGUCCUUAAUGAUUACAAGCAUACCCAUAACAUGAUGCAGCCACCAUUAUGCUUGAAAAUAUAGAGGUUCGCAGUAAUGUGUUGUGUUGGAUUUGCCCCAAGCAUAACACUUUGUAUUCAGGACAUAAAGUUAAUUCCUUUGCCACAUUUUUUGCAGUAUUACUUUAGUGCCUUGUUGCAAACAGGAUGCAUGUUUUGGAAUAUGUGUAUUCUGUACAGGCUUUCUUCUUUUCACUCUGUCAUUUAGGUUAGUAUUGUGGAGUAACUACAAUGUUGUUGAUCCAUCCUCAGUUUUCUCCUAUCACAGCCAUUAAACCCUGUAACUGUUUUAAGUCACCAUUGGCCUAAUGGUGAAAUCCCUAAUUGGUUUCCUUCCUCUGAGGCAACUGAGUUAGGAAGGACGCCUGUAUCUCUGUAGUGACUGGGUGUAUUGAUACACCAUCCAAAGUGUAAAUUAAUAACUUCACCAUGCUCAAAGGGAUAUUCAAUGUCUACCGAUAGUUACCCUUCUUUGAGAGGCAUUGGAAAACCUCCCUGGUCUUUGUGGUUGAAUCUGUGUUUGAAAUUCACUGCUCGACUGAGGGACCUUACAAUUAUCUGUAGUUGUGGGGUACAGAGAUGAGGUAGUCAUUCUAAAAUAAUAUUAAACACUAUUAUUGCACACAGUGAUUCCAUGCAACCUAUGUGACUUGUUAAGCACAUUUUUACUCCUGAACUUAUUUAGAUUUUUUUUCUCAAAUUUAUUGAAAAUGAAAUGCAGAAAUAUCUCAUUUACAUACAUUUUCACACCCCUUUGCUAUUACAUUCCAAAUUCAGCGCAGGUGCACCCAAUGUCCUUCAAUCAUCCUUGAGAUGUCACUACAACUUGAAUGGAGUCCACCUGUGGCCAAUUCAAUUGUUUGCACAUGAUUUUGAAAGAAUCACACUGGUCUAUAUAAGGUCCCACAGUUGACAGUGAGAGCAGAAACUAUACCAUGAAGUCCAACGAACUGGCCGUCGAUCUCCGAGAGAAUUGUGAUGAGGCAUAUAUCUGGGUAUAAAACAAUUUCUAGUGUUAACAUUUUCCAAGAGCACAGUGGUCUCCAUUAUAGGGAAAUGUAACAAAUAUGGAACUACCCAGACUCUGCCUAGAGCUGGCCAUCUGACCAAACUGAACAACUGAGCAAGAAGGACCUUGGUCAGGGAGGUGACCAAGAACCCAGUGACCACCCUGACAGAACUACAGAGUUCCUUGGCUGAGAUGGGAGUACCUGCCAGAAGGUUAACAGUCUCUACAGCACUUCACCAAUCUGGGCUUUAUGGGAGAGUGGCCAGAUGGAAGCCACUCCUGAGAAAAAUGGCUGGAGUUUGCAAAAAGCCACGUGAAAGACUCUGAGAGCACGAGGCAAAAUAUUAUGUGGUCUGAUGAGACAAAAAUAGAACUCUUUGGCCUGAAUGCAAAGUGCUAUGUCUGGAGAAAACCAGGCACAGCUCAUCACCCGUCUAACACCAUCCUUACCGCGACCGGGAGACCCAUGGGUGGCGCACAAUUGGUCCAGCGUCAUCCAAGGUAGGGGAGGGUGGGCAGGGAUGUGGGUUUGUUUCCCACGGGGGGCCAGUAUGAAAAAAACAAAAAACAAAACAUGUAUGCAUUCACUAACUGUAAGUAGCUCUGGAUAAGAGCGUCUGCUAAAUGACAAAAAUGUCAAUGCAUGGUGGUGGCAGCAUCAUGCUAUGGGGAUUUUGUUCAGCGGCAGGGACUGGGAGACUGGUAAGGAUGGAGGGAACAGUGAAUGGGACCAAAUACAGGCAAAUACAUGAUGAGAACAUGCUUCAGAGUGCAAACAACCUUAGACUGGGAGUGCAGAUUUAUGUUCCAACAGGAUAAUGACCCCAAGCAACGCUGGGAUGGCUUCAGAACAAGAAUGUGAAAGUCCUUGAGUGGGCCAGCCAAAGCCCAGAUUUGAAUCCCAUUGAAUCUAUGGAAAGACUUGAAGAUUGCUGUUCACCGCCUCUCCCCAUCUAAUUUAACAGAGCUUGAGAUAAUCUGCAAGGAAGAAUGGGAGAAAAUCCUCAAAUCCAGAUGUGUAAAACUAAUACAGACAUACCCAAGAUGACUCAAAGCUGUAAUCGCUGCCAACGGUGCUUCUACAAAGUAUUGACUCAGGGGUGUGAAUACUUAUGUAAAUUAGAUUGUUUUUUAUUUUUAAUACAUUAGCAAACAUUUCUAAAACCAUGUUUUCACUUUGUCAUUAUGGGGUAUUGUGUGUAGAUGGGUGAGAUUUAAAAAAAUCCAUUUUGAAUUCAGGUUGUAACACAACAAAAUGUGGAGUAAGUCCAGGGGUAUGAAUACUUUCUGAAGGCAUUUGGAAAGUAUUCAGACCCCUUGACUUUUUCCAAAGUGUUACGUUACAGCCUUAUUCUAAAAUUGAUUAAAUCGUUUUAUUUUUAUUUUUUCUCAUUAAUCUACACACACUACCCCAUAAUGACAAGGCAAAAACAGUUUUUUUGAGAUUUUUGCAAAUGUAUAUAUAAAAAAUAUAUAUAUAUCACAUAAAAAUAUAUAUAUAUCACAUUUACAUAUGUUUCCAGACCCUUUACUCAGUACUUUGUUGAAGCACCUUUGGCAGCGAUUACAGCCUCGAGUCUUCUUGGGUAUGACGCUGCAAGCUUGGCACACCUGUACUUUGGGAGUUUCUCCCAUUCUUCUCUGCAGAUUGUGGACUACAGGAAAAAGAAGAGGACCGAGCACGCCCCCAUUCUCAUCGAUGGGGCUGGAGUGGAUCAGGUUGAGAGCUUCAAGUUCCUUGGUGUCCACAUCACCAACAAACUAACGUGGUCCAAGCACACCAAGACAGUCGUGAAGAGGGCAUGACAAAACCUAUUCCCCCCUGAGGAGACUGAAAAGAUUUGGCAUUGGUCCUCAGAUCCUCAAAAGGUUCUACAGCUGCACCAUCGAGAGCAUCACUGCCUGGUAUGGCAACUGCUCGGCCACCGACUGCAAGGCACUACAGAGGGUAGUGCGUACGGCCCAGUACAUCAUUGGGGCCAUUCCUGCCAUCCAGACCUCUAUACCAGGCGGUGUCAGAGGAAGGCCCUCAAAAUUGUCAAAGACUCAAGCCACCUAGUCAUAGACUGUUCUCUCUGCUACCGCACGGCAAGCGGUACCGGAGCGCCAAGUCAAGGUCCAAGAGGCUUCUAAACAGCUUCAACCCCCAAGCCAUAAGACUCCUGAACAUCUAAUCAAAUGGCUACCCAGACUAUUUGCAUUUACGCUGCUGCUACUCUCUGUUAUCUGCGCAUAGUCACUUUAAUAACUCUACCUACAUGUACAUAUUGCGUCAAUUACCUCGACUAACCGGUGCCCCCGCACAUUGACUCGGUACCGGUACCCCCUGUAUAUAGCCUCGCUACUGUUAUUUCACAUUGACUCUGUACCGGUACCCCCUGUAUAUAGCCUCCCUACUGUUAUUUUUACUGCUGCUCUAAUUUUUUAAAACUUUUAUUUCGUAUUAUUUUAUUGUGUGUGUAUAUAUAUAUAUAUAUAUAUAUAUAUAUAUAUAUAUAUAUAUAUAUAUAUAUAUAUAUAUAUAUAUAUAUAUAAUUUUUUAUUAUUAUUUUUUGGGGGGGUAUUCUUUCUUAAAACUGCAUUGUUGGUUAAGGCUUGUAAUUAAGCAUUUCACUGUAAGGUCUACACCUGUUGUAUUCGGCGUAUGUGACAAAUAACCUUUGAUUUGAUCCUCUCAAGCUCUGUCAGGUUGGAUGCACAGCUAUUUUCAGGUCUCUCCAGAGAUGUUCGAUCGGGUUCAAGUCUGGGCUCUGGCUGGGUCACUCAAAGGACAUUCAGAGACUUGUCCCAAAGCCACUCCUGCGUUGUCUUGGCUGUGAGCUUAGGGUCAUUGUCCUGUUGGAAGGUGAACCUUCGCCCCAGUCUGAGGUCCUGAGCGCUCUGGAGCAGGUUUUCAUCAAGGAUCUCUCUGUACUUUGCUCCGUUCAUCUUUCUUUCGAUCCUGACUAGUCUCCCAGUCCCUGCCGUUGAAAAACAUCCCCACAGCAUGAUGCUGCCACCAUGCUUCAACGUAGGGAUGGUGCCAGGUUUCCUCCAGACAUGACGCUUGGCAUUCAGGCCAAAGAGUUCAAUCUUGGUUUCAUCAGACCAGAGAAUCUUAUUUCUCAUGGUUUGUCCUUUUGGUGCCUUUUUUGCAAACUCCAAGCGGGCUGUCAUGUGCCUUUUACUGAGGAGUGGCUUCCGUCUGGCCACUCCUUCUGGAAGCUUCUCCCAUCUCCACAGAGAAACUCUAGACCUCUGUCAGAGUGACCACCGGGUUCUUGGUCACCUCCCUGACCAAGUUGGCCCUUCUCCCCUGAUUGCUCAGUUUGGCCGGGCGGCCAGCUCUAGGAAGAGUCUUGGUGGUUCCAAACUUCUUCCAUUUAAGAAAUGUGUUCUUGGGGACCUUCAGACCCUUUGCAGAAAUGUUUGUUGGUUCCCUUUCCCAGAUCUGUGCCUCGAUACAAUCCUUUCUCGAAGGUCUAUGGACAAUUCCUUCGACCUCAUGCAUUGGUUUUUGCUCUGACAUGCACUAUCAACUGUGAGACCUUAUAUAGACAGGUGUGUGCCUUUCCAAAUCAUAUCCAAUCAGUUGAAUUUUCCACAAGUGGACACCAGUGAAGUUGUAGAAAUAUCUCAAGGAUGAUCAAUGGAAACAGGAGCACCUGCGCUCAAUUUCGAGUCUCAUAGCAAAGGGUCUGAAUAAUUAUCUAAAUAAGGUAUUUCUGUUUUAUAUUUUUCAUAAAUGUGCAAAAAAAAUCUAAACCUGUUUUCGCUUUGUCAUUAUGGGGUAUUGUGUGUAGAUUGAUGAAUUAAAAAAACAAUUUAAUCCAUUUUAGAAUAAAGCUGUAGCGUAACAAAAUGUUGAAAAAGUCAAGGGGUCUGAAUACUUUCUGAAUGCACUGUAUAUCCUCUCCCUAGGUAUCAGUCAGAGUUAUAUCUCCCAGUGGUUGCUGCAGCAGGGCUUGGAGAUGAGCGACUCCAAACGCAGAGCCUUCUACCGCUGGUACCUGCUGGAGAGGAACAACCCAGGUGAGAACCAGUGUAAGACGGGGGAGGAAGCGUUUAAUGUUGACUCCAUUCUGCUGCUUGUUGUUGCCACCUUUCCCUCUGUCCUUCCUCUGUCCAUCCUCUAAUCCUGCAUUGUGAAUCUACACACACACACAUCGUUCUGGUUCUAGAGAGUUCAGUAAAGGAAUGAGAUCAGGAGACAGAUAGCCAUGACUGAGAGAACAUAUACAGUAGGAUUUUUUUUUUUAAAAAAAAAAAAACAUAAAGGCCAGUUUAUACUUAGUCUAACGACAUGUCUGUAGACAAUUUAGAAUGCGACGUGUCGCUGGUCAAAACAACAUUUAAUUUAUGCUCCGGUGGAAAGUCUGUAGAUCGUCGCUUCGACUUCCAGUUUCCUUGUCACACAGACAUGGGGAAAAAAGCUUGUUGUCGUGGUUGCCGGACUGCCAUAGCAACCAUACCAAAUCCUCCUGUGACAAGAUGAUGCAGGAGUUCCGACUUUUUCAGAAUUACCUUAAUUUUAUUUAGUCACAAUGUGGAAGUAGGCUAUUUUCUGUAAGCUCGCCAUUACCUAGGAAUUAAUUAUGUUGUUGUGGGUUUAUUUUCCAGUAAUAAUGAAUAAAAAGUAGCUAAAGUUGAGACUUUGUCAGCUAUACUCUGGUCAUUAUUUGAACUGGCUAGCCAGCUAGCUGGCUACAGUGCCUUCAGAAAGUAUUCAUACACCUUUACUUAUUGUUGUUGCAUUACUCUUAUUACUAUUACACUAUUGCAUGUACUCAUUUUUGUUGCAUUACAGCCUGAAUUCAAAAUUGAUUAAAUAGGUGUUUUUUUCACCAAUUUACACACAAUACCCCAUAAUAAGUGAAAACCACUCCUGAGUGGCGCAGUGGUCUAAGGCACUGCAUCGCAGUGCUAACUGUGCCACUAGAGAUCCUGGUUCGAAUCCAGGCUCUGUCGCAGCCGGCAGCGACCGGGAGACUCAUGGGCGGCGCACAAUUGGCCCAGCGUCGUCCAGGGUAGGGGAGGGAAUGGCCGGCAGGGAUAUAGCUCAGUUGAUAGAGCAUGGCGUUUGCAACGCCAGGGUUGUGGGAUCGAUUCCCACGGGGGGCCAGUAUAAUUUUUUUUUUUAAAAAUUAUUCACUAACUGUAAGUCGCUCUGGAUAAGAGCGUCUGCUAAAUGACUAAAAUGUAAAUGUAAAUGUAAACAUGUUUUUAGUAAUUUAUGAAAAAUAUAAACAGUAAUAUACUGGGUCUUGAUCAGGUAAGUAUUCAACCCCCUGAGUCAAUACAUGUAAGAAUCGCCUUUGGUAGCGAUUACAGCUGUGAGUCUUUCUGGGUAAGUCUCUAAGAACUUUCCACAACUGGAUUAUGCAACAUUUGCCCAUUUUAUUAUUUUCAACAUUCUUCAAGCUCUGUCAAAUUGUUUGUUGAUCAUUGCUAGACAACCAUUUUCAGGUCUUGCUAUAGAUUUUCAAGUAGAUUUAGGUCAAAACUGUUACUUGGCCAUUCAGGAACAUUCACUGUGUUCUUGGUAAGUAACUCCAGUGUAGAUUUGGCUUUGUGUUUGAGGUUAUUGUCCUGCUGAAAGGUUAAUUAAUCUCCCAGUGACUGGUGGAAAGCAGACUGAAGCUGAUGCAGCCAUCACUAUGCUUGAAAAUAUGGAGAGUGGUACUCAGUAAUGUAUUGGAUUUGCCCCAAACAUAACACUUUGUAUUAAGGCCAAAAAGUUAAUUGCUUUGCCUCAUUUUUUGCAGGAUUCCUUUAGUGCCUUGUUACAAACAGGAUGCAUGUUUAGGAGAAGAAAUGAAUUCUGUACAGACUUCCUUCUUUUUACUCUGUCAAUUCGGUUAGUAUUGUGAAGUAACUACAAUGUUGAUCCAUCCUCAGUUUUUCUCCUAUCACAGACAUUAAACUCUGUACCGUAGCUUGCAAAAGUAUUCACCCCCCUUGGCAUUUUUCCCAAUUUUGUUGCCUUACAACCUGGAAUUAAAAUGGAUUUUUGGGGGAUUUGUUUCAUUUGAUUUACACAACACGCCUACCACUUUGAAGAUGCAAAAUAUUUUUUAUUGUGAAACAAACAAGAAAUAAGACAAAAAACAUAACUAUUCACCCCCCCCCCAAAGUCAAUACUUUGUAGAGCCACCUUUUGCAGCAAUUACAGCUGCAAGUCUCUUGGGGUAUGUCUCUAUAAGCUUGGCACAUUUAGCCACUGGGAUUUUUGCCCAUUCUUCAAGGCAAAACUGCUCCAGCUCUUUCAAGUUGAAUGGUUCCGCUGGUGUACAGCAAUCUUUAAGUCAUACCACAGAUUCUCAUUUGGAUUGAGGUCUCGGCUUUGACUAGGCUAUUCCAAGAAAUCUAAAUGUUUCUCCUUAAACCACUCAAGUGUUGCUUUAGCGGUAUGCUUAGGGUCAUUGUCCUGCUGGAAGGUGAACCUCCGUCCCAGUCUUACAAUAUCUGGAAGACUGAAACAGGUUUCCCUCAAGAAUUUCCCUGUAUUUAGCCUCCUCCAUCAUUCCUUCAAUUCUGACCAGUUUCCCAGUCCCUGCCGAUGAGAACAUCCCCACAUUAUGAUGCUGCCACCACCAUGCUUCACUGUGGGGAUGGUGUUCUCGGGGUGAUGAGAGGUGUUGGGUUUGCGCCAGACAUAGUGUUUUCCUUGAUGGCCAAAAAACUACAUUUUAUCCUCAUCUGACCAGUGUACCUUCUUCCAAAUGUUUGGGGAGUCUCCCACAUGCCUUUUGGCGAACACCAAACGUGUUUGCUUAUUUAUUUAUUAAAGCAAUGGCUUUUUUCUGGCCACUCUUCCGUAAAGCCCAGCUCUGUGGAGUGUACGGCUUAAAGUGGUCCUAUGGACAGAUACUCCAAUCUCCGCUGUAGAGCUUUGAUGCUCCUUCAGGGGUAUCUUUGGUCUUUUUGUUGCCUCUCUGAUUAAUGCCCUCCUUGCCUGGUCCGUGAGUUUUGGUGGGUGGUCCUCUCUUGGCAGGUUUGUUGUGGUGCCAUAUUCUUUCAAUUUUUUUAUAAUGGAUUUAAUGGUGCUCCGUGGGAUGUUCAAAGUUUCUGAUAUUUCUUUAUAACCCAACCCUGAUCUCCACAACUUUGUCCCUGACCUGUUUGGAGAGCUCUUCGGUCUUCAUGGUGCCGCUUGCUUGGUUGUGCCCCUUGUUUAGUGGUGUUGCAGACUCUGGGGCCUUUCAGAACAGGUGUAUAUGUAUACUGAGAUCAUGUGACAGAUCAUGUGACACUUAGAUUGCAUACAGGUGGACUUUAUUUAACUAAUUAUGUGACUUCUGAAGGCAAUUGGGUUGCACCAGAUCUUAUUUAGGUGCUUCAUAGCAAAGGGGGUGAAUACAUACAGUUGAAGUCGGAAGUUUACAUACACUUAGGUUGGAGUCAUUAAAACUCGUUUUUCAACCACUCCACAAAUUUCUUGUUAACAAACUAUAGUUUUGGCAAGUCGGUUAGGGCAUCUACUUUGUGCAUGACACAAGUAAUUUUUCCAACAAUUGUUUACAGACAGAUUAUUUCACUUAUAAUUCACUGUAUCACAAUUCCAGUGGGUCAGAAGUUUACAUACACAAAGUUCACCGUGCCUUUUAAACAGCUUGGAAAAUUCCAGAAAAUGAUGUCAUGGCUUUAGAAGCUUCUGAUAGGCUAAUUGACAUCAUUUGAGUCAAUUGGAGGUGUACCAGUGGAUGUAUUUCAAGGCCUACCUUCAAACUCAGUGCCUCUUUGCUUGACAUCAUGGGAAAAUCAAAAUAAAUCAGCCAAUACUUCAGAAAAAAAUUGUAGACCUCCACAAGUCUGGUUUAUCCUUGGGAGCAAUUUCCAAACGCCUGAAGGUACCACGCUCAUCUGUACAAACAAUAGUAUGCAAGUAUAAACACCAUGGGACCACGCAGCUGUCAUACCGCUCAGGAAGGAGUCGCAUUCUGUCUCCUAGAGAUGGACUUACUUUGGUGCGAAAAAGUGCAAAUCAAUCCCAGAACAACAGCAAAGGACCUUGUGAAGAUGCUGGAGGAAACGGGUACAAAAGUAUCUAUAUCCACAGUAAAACGAGUCCUAUAUCGACAUAACCUGAAAGGCCGCUCGGCAAGGAAGAAGCCACUGCUCCAAAACCGCCAUAAAAAAGCCAGACUACGGUUUGCAACUGCACAUGGGGACAAAUAUUGUACCUUUUGGAGAAAUGUCCUCUGGUCUGAUGAAACAAAAAUGGAACUGUUUGGCCAUAAUGACCAUCGUUAUGUUUGGAGGAAAAAGGGGAUGGCUUGCAAGCUGAAGAACCACCAUCCCAACCAUGAAGCACGGAGGUGGCAGCAUCAUGCUGUGGGUGUGCUUUGCUGCAGGAGGGACUGGUGCACUUCACAAAAUAGAUGGCGUCCUGAGGAAGGAAAAUUAUGUGGUUAUAUUGAAGCAACAUCUCAAGACAUCAGUCAGGAAGUUAAAGCUUGGUCGCAAAUAGGUCUUCCAAAUGGACAAUGACCCCAAGCAUACUUCCAAAGUUGUGGGAAAAUGGCUUAAGGACAACAAAGUCAAGGUAUUGGAGUGGCCAUCACAAAGCCCUGACCUCAAUCCUAUAGAACAUUUGUGGGCAGAACUGAACAAGUGUGUGCGAGCAAGUAGGGCUACAAACCUGACUCAGUUACACCAGCUCUGUCAGGAGGAAUGGGCCAAAAUGCACCCAACUUAUUGUGGGAAGCUUGUGGAAGGCUACCCAAAACAUUUGACCCAAGUUAAACAAUUUAAAGGCAAUGCUACCAAAUACUAAUUGAGUGUAUGUAAACUUCUGACCCACUGGGAAUGUGAUGAAAGGAAAUAAAAGCUGAAAUAAAUCAUUCUCGCCACUAUUAUUCUGACAUUUCACAUUCUUAAAAUAAAGUGGUGAUCCUAAUUGACCUGAGACAGGGAAUUUUUACUAGGAUUAAAUGUCAGGAAUUGUGAAAAACUGAGUUUAAAUGUAUUUGGCUAAGGUGUAUGUAAUUGUCCGACUUCAACUGUAUGCACGCACCACUUUUCCGUUAUUAACUUUUUAGAAUUUUUUGAAACAAGUUAUUUUUUUCAUUUCACUUCACCAAUUUGGACUACGUUGUGUAUGUCCAUUUUAAAUGAAAUCCAAAUAAAAAUCCAUUUAAAUUACAGGUUGUUUUGCCACAAAAUAGGAAAAACGCCAAGUGGGAUGAAUACUUUUGCAAGGCACUGUAACUGUUUUUAAAGUCACCAUUGGCCUCAUGGUGAAAUCCCUGAGUGGUUUCCUUCUUCUCCGGCAACUGAGUUAGGAAGAACACCUGUGUCUUUGUAGUGACUGGGUGUAUUGAUACACCAUCCAAAAUGUAAUUAAUAACUUCACCAUGCUUAAAGGGAUAUUUAAUGUCUGCCCUUACUUUGCAAGGCGUUGGAAAACCUCCUUGGUCUUUGUGGUUGAAUCUGUGUUUGGAAUUCACUGCUCAAUUGAGGGGACCUUCAGAUAACCUUAAUGUGUGGGGUACAGAUAUGAAGUUAAACAAUACAGAGUGAGGUCAUGUGACUUGUUAAGCACAUUUGUUCUCGUGAACGUAUUUACGUUUGCCGUAAAAAAAAGUGGUUGAAUACUUAUUAACUCAAGACAUUUUCAGCUUUUCAUUUUUUAUUGAUUUUUAAACAUUUCUAAAAACAUAGUUCCACUUUGACAUGGGGUGUUGUGUGUAGGCCAGUGACACAACAAAAUGUUGAAAAAGUCGAGGGGUAUACAGUGAGGGGAAAAAAGCAUUUGAUCCCCUGCUGAUUUUGUACGUUUUUAAUGUCAAAAAUGUUAUCAAUUGAUUUGCAUUUUAAUGAAGGAUCAGAUUCCAAACUCUCCACCAUGGCAAAGACCAAAGAGCUCUCCAAGGAUGUCAGGGACAAGAUUGUAGACCUACACAAGGCUGGAAUGGGCUACAAAACCAUCGGCAAGCAGCUUGGUGAGAAGGUGACAACAGUUGGUGCGAUUAUUCGCAAAUGGAAGAAACACAAAAUAACUGUCAAUCUCCCUCGGCCUGGGGCUCCAUCCAAGAUCUCACCUCGUGGAGUUGCAAUGAUCAGUGAGGAAUCAGCCCAGAACUACACGGGAGGAUCUUGUCAAUGAUCUCAAAGCAGCUGGGACCAUAGUCACCAAGAAAACAAUUGGUAACACACUACGUCGUGAAGGACUGAAAUCCUGCAGCGCCCGCAAGGUCCCCCUGCUCAAGAAAGCACAUAUACAUGCCCGUCUGAAGUUUGCCAAUGAACAUCUGAAUGAUUCAGAGGAGAACUGGGUGAAAGUGUUGUGGUCAGAUGAGACCAAAAUGGAGCUCUUUGGCAUCAACUCAACUCGCCUGUUUGGAGGAGGAGGAAUGCUGCCUAUGACCCCAAGAACCCCAUCCCCACCGUCAAACAUGGAGGUGGAAACAUUAUGCUUUGGGGGUGUUUUUCUGCUAAGGGGACAGGACAACUUCACUGCAUCAAAGGGACGAUGGACGGGGCCAUGUACCGUCAAAUCUUGGGUGAGAACCUCCUUCCCUCAGCCAGGGCAUUGAAAAUGGGUCGUGGAUGGGUAUUCCAGCAUGACAAUGACCCAAAACACACGGCCAAGGCAACAAAGAAGUGGCUGAAGAAGAAGCACAUUAAGGUCCUGGAUUGGCCUAGCCAGUCUCCAGACCUUAAUCCCAUAGAAAAUCUGUGGAGGGAGCUGAAGGUUCGAGUUGCCAAACGUCAGCCUCGAAACCUUAAUGACUUGGAGAAGAUCUGCAAAGAGGAGUGGGACAAAAUCCCUCCUGAGAUGUGUGCAAACCUGGUGGCCAACUACAAGAAACGUCUGACCUCUGUGAUUGUCAACAAGGGUUUUGCCACCAAGUACUAAGUCAUGUUUUGCAGAGGGGUCAAAUACUUAUUUCCCUCAUUAAAAUGCAAAUCAAUUUAUAUCAUUUUUGACAUGUGUUUUUCUGGAUUUUUUUGUUGUUAUUCUGUCUCUCACUGUUCAAAUAAACCUACCAUUAAAAUUAUAGACUGAUCAUGUCUUUGUCAGUGGGCAAACGUACAAAAUCAGCAAGGGAUCAAAUACUUUUUUCCCUCACUGUAUAUACAUUUUAUGGACACAGUCACUAAUUAUAUUUUGUUUGUUUUUACUCCUGAACUUCCUCUGGUCAUUUUCAUGUUGUCCAUCUGGUUUGCUUGGGCUCCCGAGUGGCACAGUGGUCUAAGGCACUGCAUCUCAGUGCUUGCGGCGUCACUACAGACCCCCUGCCAUUAAAAUUAUAGACUGAUCAUUUCUUUGUCAGUGGGCAAACGUACAAAAUCAGCAGGGGAUCAAAUACUUUUUUUCCCUCACCGUAAAUACUUUCUAAAGGCACUGUAGCUAGCAACGAACCAAAACAUUGUUUAGAAAAUGUGCUUUUAGUUGCCUGGGUUACUAGGUUGACAUUUGCUGAAUUCAUUGUAAAACGGAUGGGUUUAUUGGUGUUAAAAUAGACGGUAUGCUAUUUGGAGCACCCGGCUGCUGUUUUGGGUUUAUACUUUUCAUAACGACAAGUUUGAUGUCGGACAACAAUAGAAUGUUCAUGAUGUCGCUACGACAACUAUCUACAGACAUGUGGAUAGACGGCUGUAAACCAGCCUUUGCUGUAGAUACUAAUCAAUCAUGUUAGUCAUCUGGUUUGAAGUGUAACUCUAGUGGAUGAGUGUGGUGUCUGUCUAUCCAUCUUAACCCAGGCUACAGUAACAUCGUGAUCCAUCCAUCUUAACCCAGGCUAGAGUAACAUCGUGAUCCAUCCAUCUUAACCCAGGCUAGAGUAACAUCAUGAUCCAUCCAUCUUAACCCAGGCUACAGUAACAUCGUGAUCCAUCCAUCUUAACCCAGGCUAGAGUAACAUCAUGAUCCAUCCAUCUUAACCCAGGCUAGAGUAACAUCAUGAUCCAUCCAUCUUAACCCAGGCUAGAGUAACAUCGUGAUCCAUCCAUCUUAACCCAGGCUAGAGUAACAUCGUGAUCCAUCCAUCUUAACCCAGGCUAGAGUAACAUCAUGAUCCAUCCAUCUUAACCCAGGCUACAGUAACAUCGUGAUCCAUCCAUCUUAACCCAGGCUAGAGUAACAUCAUGAUCCAUCCAUCUUAACCCAGGCUAGAGUAACAUCGUGAUCCAUCCAUCUUAACCCAGGCUAGAGUAACAUCAUGAUCCAUCCAUCUUAACCCAGGCUAGAGUAACAUCAUGAUCCAUCCAUCUUAACCCAGGCUAGAGUAACAUCAUGAUCCAUCCAUCUUAACCCAGGCUAGAGUAACAUCGUGAUCCAUCCAUCUUAACCCAGGCUACAGUAACAUAAUGACCUCCCAUAGGAAGUCAAGAAUAAACACCAUCCACACAGACUGAAAUAUGGAUGCACUAGAAGUGUUUUGAACAUUUUAAUCUGUUUGCUCAAUUCUAUAUCAGCAAAGACGUAGCCUAAAUAUUAGAAUGUUUAGUUUGUCCCAAUGACUUUGUCACUGUGGUGGUUCACUCCUAUGUCACAUGAGCAAAAAUGAAUGAAAAGAAGCCUUCCUGAACAAUCUACCUACCCGUCCCUGUGUCAUGUCAUCUUCCUUUCCUCCCCAAGCUUUGCUGCUGCUGCUGCUUCUGCGUGGUUCUCAGUCCUGAUCCUGAAGAGGUAGAAUUCCGGUGCUGGUUUUCAUUCCUACAUGGCUAACAGGCUAUCAAUAAUAACCCCAUCUAACACCAACAGUGACGCUAAUUCUGGAUCCUAAUGCUAACAUGUUGCUUUUCUCUAUGCCUUUCUACCUGGUGGGCACUUCAUUACUAAACUUUGGACGUGUCCACUGUAUACCUAUUCACCACAGUAAUCUCAAAGUUUGUCUUGAUUACUUGACUAACACAUUGUGGCCAAAAAAAGGAUUGGAUGAAGUCAGUUAUAAAACAACUGUCUGGUGUUUUAAUAAAUGAUAUUUGUAUUGCUAGACUUCUGUUAAAACUCUAGGCCUAAAUCUCAAACCAAUAUUGGCCAAACUCUGUAUGUCUACCUAUAGUCUGUCUGUGGCCUGACCUGACCACUGGUUUGGUUUUGUCCUUAAUGAAGGGCUGAGAUGGAGUGAAAGCCAGCACGGCCCGGCGGGUCUGGGAACGGGGCUCAGUGGUCUCGGCCAGGGGCUGGGCCAGAACCCGGGCUCUGGACCCGCCAGGGGAGGGGACAGAGACAGAGACGUCACAGGGAUGGUGGGAAAUGCGACUACGGGCGCCACGGCCGCGGCCACGGCCGCCACCACCUGGGGCAGACAGAGAGAGCUGCUGCUGCACCUUCUCCCAUGGUACACUGCUGCCGCCGCACAGCAGGCCCAGCCAGGUAACAGCAAGCCCCCAUGCCCAUAACAGGACCACUCCUACAGGACCCAACCCUCCAUCUCUCCUCAGUUCUGUCUGUGGCUGUUCGGGAACGAGGCAGGCAACAUUUUUACUAGUCUUGGUUUUAAGUCACGCUACAACUCUUGCCAUUGCCAAAGUCGAAAGUAAAAAAAAAAAAUAAUAAUAAUAAAAGUACACUGCAGCACUCAAGGCCCCCUGUCUGUCUGAUACAUCCUGUCAUCACAGAGCCUGCAUGCAUGUCUCUCUGUGUCCACGUUGUGCCUCCCCAGUGUCUAUCUGGGAAUUCACUGGCAGUCUAGGGAUGUCAUGUAUCCUAAAAGUUACCAAAUCCUUAUUAAAAUAGAACAGUCAAGUGAUUUGAACGAUAAGUUAUUUCUCCUAAAUAAUAAUAAACCACUAGUUUGCUAGUUGCAAUGGGUUACUUUCUCUGUUUAAGCUUCCUCCCCGCCCUCUCUCACCUCCCCGUCUCUCUCUCCUCCCUCCCCACUCUCACAUCCCCCUCUCCCCCCCUCUCUCACCCCCUCUCACCUCCCUGCCCUCUCUCACCUCCCCCCUCUCUCACCUCCCCCCUCUCUCACCUCUCCCUCUCUCACCUCUCCCUCCCCCUCUCUCACCUCCCCCUCUCACCUCUCCCUCUCUCACCUCUCCCUCCCUCUCUCACCUCCCCCUCCCUCUCUCUCACCUCUCCCUCUCUCACCUCCCCCUCUCUCUCUCCUCCCUCCCCACUCUCACAUCCCCCUCUCCCCCCUCUCUCACCCCCUCUCCCUCUCUCUCACCUCUUCCUUCUCUCCCCCCUCUCCCUCUCCUCCACCUCUCCCUUUCUCUCACCUCCCCCUCUCCCCCCCCUCUCUCCUCACCCCCCUCUCCCCUCACCCCCUUUCUCUCACCUCCCCCACUCUCUCCCCACUCUCCCCUCUCUCUCACCUCCCCCCUCUCUCUCACCUCUCCCUCUCUCACCUCCCCCUUUCUCUCCCCUCCCCCCCUUUCUCUCACCUCCCCAUUUAGGUGCUACCCUCUCGAUGCGCUCCCUUGUGAAGGAGGAGCCUGAUUGGAGGACGGGGUUCAGCCCCGGGGAGAGGGGCGGGGUGGUGGGCGGUCCUCUGAGGCUGCGGAGGGGAAGCAGAUUCAUUUGGAGGAAGGAGUGCCAGUCAAUCAUGGAGAGGUGAGCCAAUUACAGGGCUCUGAUUGGAUCGGGUUCCCAUGACAAUAGUGGUGCGGUGUUUACAUUUGACUAGCCGACUAUCUAUGUUGACGCUUGUUGUCAACAGACAGAUCCAAAACUGGUUCAUCACAAUUACUGCAAGGCCAGUGGUCAACAAACCUUCUCAUGGAGAGCUAUGGGGUGUCCAGGCUUUUGUUCUAGCCCAACACUAACCAUUAGUGGUUGAGUCUGUUGAUGUUACUGAUGGGGCCAGAUGUUUCCCAUCAAACAAGAUAUUUCCCAUCAAACAAGAUAUUUCCCAUCAAACAAGAUGUUUCCCAUCAAACAAGAUGUUUCCCAUCAAGGCCUUUGUGACAUGUCUUAGAAAAUGUUAUUCUUUAUAACGAAUUUCUAACCUAUAAAAAGCCAAGCACAUCCUAAGUAUAGGAAUGAUUUUGUCCCACUGUUUCUGAAGUGGUUGACUGUUAUGCCUGUGAUGUCUCUAAGCGGAGGACACUCUCAGUAAUGAGAACACACAGGCACGUAGAACACAGCUCUAUGGAUGACGCAAUGCCACUGCAGUGCUGUUUCUCUUUAGGGGCUAGUUUACACUCCCGUCCCGCUGACGGACGAUACUGUGGGUUAGAGAGAGGGAGGGGGAGAGAGGGAGGGAGAGAGAGAGGGAGAGAGGGAGGGAGAGGGAGAGAGAGGGAGAGAGAGGGGGGGAGAGAGGGAGAGGGAGGGAGGGAAAGGGUGAUGGAGGGAGGGAGGGAAAGGGUGAUGGAGGGAGGGAGAGGGUGAUGGAGGGGAGAGGGUGAUGGAGGGGAGAGGGUGAUGGAGGGGGUGAGGGAGGGAGAGAGAGAGAGAGAGAGGGUGAUGGAGGGAGCAAGUGCUCCUACUGUUUAUUUGUGAAGUGAUUAUUAUUCAGACAGGGAGAUGGAGGAUGAGGAGUAAGGAAGGAGAGAGAGAGAUGGAGGGUGAGGAGUAAGGAAGGAGAGAGAGAGAUGGAGGGUGAGGAGUAAGGAAGGAGAGAGAGAGAGAUGGAGGGUGAGGAGUAAGGAAGGAGAGAGAGAGAUGGAGGGUGAGGAGUAAGGAAGGAGAGAGAGAGAGAUGGAGGGUGAGGAGUAAGUGGUGCAAUAUAUCUUCCUGUUUUUGUAAAAUAAGGUGAUUUUUAUUUAUUGCCUAGAAGAGGAGAGAAAGGGAGAGUAAUCCACCUGUGUCCAUUUAAUCCACUGUACCACUUCUGAUUGGUUAACGAUGCAGUCCAGGAUCUUAAGCAUUUACAAAUUUGUAACAUAUAUACGAAUUGCAAUGAUUAUUAUUUUUGCAGGAUGUAACAUAUCACAGGAAAUAGAUGACGCAGUACAGAAUUGUCCGGGAGCCGUUUUGGCGCACUACUUUCAAAACUACUGGCUGAAGUGAUACAAAGCUAAUCUAGCUGAGCUCUCAUUGGCUGGAUGUUUUCUCCUUCCUUCCUCCACUAUGAUGAGAGCUUCUGAUUGGUUAAUGCCAUGAGUGGGGGGGGGGGGUGUUAACAGUGUUCUUAUUGGCUGGUUGUUGUCUGUCAGUUUCUUUAUGGAGAACCAGUACCCUGACGAGGCGAAGAGAGAGGAGAUCGCUAACGCCUGCAACUCAGUCGUCCAGAAACCUGGUCAGUUUGGUCCGAGCACAGCUCACCAACACACCUGUAACCAAUGUCUUUAUUCUAAACCCAAUUAUCAUGAACUCAUAUCUACCCUUUUUUCUUAUGCCCCUUUAAACGACUUAUUAGUUUUAAUACCAAUCAAAUCCUAUGUUCAAAAGGCUUUCAAUUUAGCACGAAGAAGGAGCACCUCACCCUAUUUCACGUAUUCACUUGUCCAUCUCUCUGUCACCAUUACCCAGGAUGCAAGCUGUCUGAGUUUGAGCGUGUCACGGCUCUGAAGGUGUACAACUGGUUCGCCAACCGCCGGAAAGAGAUGAAGAGACGGGCUAAUAUAGGUAAGAAUCUCCAAUACCAAAACACCCACAAUCCCUAACACCUAGGCACAUUCCGUAGACCAGAAAACAUUGGAUAGGUGUCAGCAUUAUGGGAAUAGACAGUGGUGCAAAAAGUGCUCAAUCGUCCUACUUGAGUAAAAGUAAAGAUACUUUUUAAUAGAAAAUGACUCAAGUAAAAGUGAAAGUCACCCAGUAAAAUACUACUUGAGUAAAAGUAUUUGGUUUUAAAUAUACUUAAGUAUCAAAAGUAAAUGGAAUUGCUCAAAUGUACUUAAGUAUCAAAAGUAAAAGUGUGAAUAAUUUCAAAUUCCUUAUAUUAAGCAACCCAGACGGCACCAUUAUUUAUUUUAUUUUUUAUUGACGGAUAGCCAGGGGCACACUCCCAACACUCAGACAUCAUUUACAAACGAAACAUUUGUGUUGAAUUAGUCUGCCAGAUCAGAGGCAGUAGAGAUGACCAGGGAUGUUCUCUUGAUAAGUGUGUGAAUUGUACCAUUUUCCUGUCAAAAUGUAACGAGUACUUUUGGGUGUCAGGGAAAAAUGUAUAGAGUAAAAAGUACAUUAUUUUCUUUAGGAAUGUAGUGAAGUAAAAGUAGUCAAAAAUAUAAAUAGUAAAGUACAGAUACCCCAAGAAACUACUUUAGUAAAAAUACUUUAAAGUACUACUUAAGUACUUUACACCACUGGUAAUAGGUCAACAUUAGCCAUUGUUAGGCUAGGUGGUAUUUUCACCAUGUUGCUUAUGUCUACCUGAUCUUUUCAGAUCUAGGAGAUGGAUCCACUGGUAGAGGGCUAGAGCUACAUGUUGAUCUAGGAGAUGGAUCCACUGGUAGAGGGCUAGAGCUACAUGUUGAUCUAGGAGAUGGAUCCACUGGUAGAGGGCUAGAGCUACAUGUUGAUCUAGGAGAUGGAUCCACUGGUAGAGGGCUAGAGCUACAUGUUGAUCUAGGAGAUGUAUCUACUGGUAGAGAGCUAGAGCUACAUGUUGAUCUAGGAGAUGGAUCUACUGGUAGAGAGCUAGAGCUACAUGUUGAUCUAGGAGAUGGAUCCACUGGUAGAGGGCUAGAGCUACAUGUUGCUAGAUGCUGCAGUGGAUAAAGGACAGCAUUUCCCCUCUUCUUGAUCUAUUUUUCACUCUUUCCUGUUUGCACCUUUUUGUCCGCUUUCUUUCUCCUUCUCUCCUUCUCCCUCUCUCCUUCUCCCUCUCUCCUUCUCCCUCUCUCCUUCUCCCCGUCAGAGGCAGCCAUCUUGGAGAGUCAUGGUAUCGAGGUUCCCAGCCCGAGCUGUCAAUCCAACGGGGAGGAGCUGGAACCACAGGACUUUGCAGAGCAAGUGAAUCAACGAUUCAUAGAGCAGGUGAGUUAGUGAAUCAACGAUUCAUAGAGCAGGUGAGUUAGUGAAUCAACGAUUCAUAGAGCAGGUGAGUUAGUGAAUCAACGAUUCAUAGAGCAGGUGAGUUAGUGAAUCAACGAUUCAUAGAGCAGGUGAGUUAGUGAAUCAACGAUUCAUAGAGCAGGUGAGUUAGUGAAUCAACGAUUCAUAGAGCAGGUGAGUUAGUGAAUCAACGAUUCAUAGAGCAGGUGAGUUAGUGAAUCAACGAUUCAUAGAGCAGGUGAGUUAGUGAAUCAACGAUUCAUAGAGCAGGUGAGUUAGUGAAUCAACGAUUCAUAGAGCAGGUGAGUUAGUGAAUCAACGAUUCAUAGAGCAGGUGAGUUAGUGAAUCAACGAUUCAUAGAGCAGGUGAGUUAGUGAAUCAACGAUUCAUAGAGCAGGUGAGUUAGUGAAUCAACGAUUCAUAGAGCAGGUGAGUUAGUGAAUCAACGAUUCAUAGAGCAGUUGGGUCAGUGAAUCAACAAUCCAGUCAGGGAAUUUUAAUACUAAACCACUUAUCAUUGAACUUGUACAAUACACUGUCAACUGUACAAUACACUGUAACAUGAUGACCAAAUGGUUUUGUCUAUCCUCACCAGAUGUUCAUGACAUGCAGGUUAAAAUACAAAAAAGCAACUGUGAACCAACUAUAUUAGUUUGGGGACAGGUCAAAACACAUAUGAAAUGUUCAUGGACACUUGGCUAGCUUGCAUUACCGCCACCGACUGGAGUGUGGACCUCGUUCAUCUUUCAAUCACCCACGUGGGUAUAUACUCGUAAAAAAAAAAACAAUGAGUAGAUGGGGGAGGCGGGACUUGUAGUGCGCGCGCGAGCAGAUUGGAUGAAAUGAUUGAGUAACAUGUUUAAUUUUUCAGUCUGGUCAGCAUGACUAUCAAAUCAAAUCAAAUCAAAUCAAAUUUUAUUGGUCACAUGCGCCGAAUACAACAGGUGCAGACAUUACAGUGAAAUGCUUACUUACAGCCCUUAACCAACAGUGCAUUUAUUUUAAACAAAAAAGUAAGAAUAAAACAACAACAAAAAAGUGUUGAGAAAAAAAGAGCAGAAGUAAAAAAUAAAGUGACAGUAGGGAGGCUAUAUAUACAAUAGAAUAAAGUGACAGUAGGGAGGCUAUAUAUACAGGGGGGUACCGUUGCAUAGUCAAUGUGCGGGGGCACCGGCUAGUUGAGGUAAUAUGUACAUGUGGGUAGAGUUAAAGUGACUAUGCAUAAAUACUUAACAGAGUAGCAGCAGCGUAAAAGGGAUGGGGUGGGGGGGGCAGUGCAAAUAGUCCGGGUAGCCAUGAUUAGCUGUUCAGGAGUCUUAUGGCUUGGGGGUAGAAGCUGUUGAGAAGUCUUUUGGACCUAGACUUGGCACUCCGGUACCGCUUGCCGUGCGGUAGCAGAGAGAACAGUCUAUGACUAGGGUGACUGGAGUCUUUGACAAUUUUGAGGGCCUUCCUCUGACACCGCCUGGUAUAGAGGUCCUGGAUGGCAGGGAGCUUUGCCCCAGUGAUGUACUGGGCCGUACGCACUACCCUCUGUAGUGCCUUGCGGUCAGAGGCCAAGCAGUUGCCAUACCAGGCGGUGAUGCAACCAGUCAGGAUGCUCUCGAUGGUGCAGCUGUAGAAUUUUUUGAGGAUCUGAGGACCCAUGCCAAAUCUUUUUAGUCUCCUGAGGGGGAAUAGGCUUUGUCGUGCCCUCUUCACGACUGUCUUGGUGUGUUUGGACCAUGAUAGUUCGUUGGUGAUGUGGACACCAAGGAACUUGAAGCUCUCAACCUGUUCCACUACAGCCCCGUCGAUGAGAAUGGGGGCGUGCUCAGUCCUCUUUUUUUUCCUGUAGUCCACAAUCAUCUCCUUUGUCUUGGUCACGUUGAGGGAGAGGUUGUUGUCCUGGCACCACACGGCCAGAUCUCUGACCUCCUCCCUAUAGGCUGUCUCAUCGUUGUCGGUGAUCAGGCCUACCACUGUUGUGUCGUCGGCAAACUUAAUGAUGGUGUUGGAGUCGUGCCUGGCCAUGCAGUCAUGGGUGAACAGAGAGUACAGGAGGGGACUGAGCACGCACCCCUGAGGGGCCCCCGUGUUGAGGAUCAGUGUGGCAGAUGUGUUGUUACCUACCCUUACCACCUGGGGGCGGCCCGUCAGGAAGUCCAGGAUCCAGUUGCAGAGGGAGGUGUUUAGUCCCAGGAUCCUUAGCUUAGUGAUGAGCUUUGAGGGCACUAUGGUGUUGAAUGCUGAGCUGUAGUCAAUGAAUAGCAUUCUCACGUAGGUGUUCCUCUUGUCCAGGUGGGAAAGGGCAGUGUGGAGUGCGAUAGAGAUUGCAUCAUCUGUGGAUCUGUUGGGGCGGUAUGCAAAUUGGAGUGGGUCUAGGGUUUCUGGGAUUAUGCUGUUGAUGUGAGCCAUGACCAGUCUUUCAAAGCACUUCAUGGCUACAGACGUCAGUGCCACGGGUCGGUAGUCAUUUAGGCAGGUUAUCUUAGAGUUCUUGGGCACGGGGACUAUGGUGGUCUGCUUGAAACAUGUUGGUAUUACAGACUCAGUCAGGGACAUGUUGAAAAUGUCAGUGAAGACACUUGCCAGUUGGUCAGCACAUGCUCGGAGUACACGUCCUGGUAAUCCGUCUGGCCCUGCGGCCUUGUGAAUGUUGACCUGCUUAAAAGUCUUACUCACAUCGGCUACGGAGAGCGUGAUCACAUAGUCGUCCGGAACAGCUGGUGCUCUCAUGCAUGCUUCAGUGUUGCUUGCCUCGAAGCGAGCAUAGAAGUGGUUUAGCUCGUCUGGUAGGCUUGUGUCACUGGGCAGCUCGCGGCUGUGCUUCCCUUUGUAGUCUGUAAUAGUUUUCAAGCCCUGCCACAUCCGACGAGCGUCAGAGCCAGUGUAGUAUGAUUCAAUCUUAGACCUGUAUUGACUCUUUGCCUGUUUGAUGGUUCGUCGGAGGUCAUAGCGGGAUUUCUUAUAAGCGUCCGGGUUAGAGUCCCGUUCCUUGAAAGCGGCAGCUCUACCCUUUAGCUCAGUGCGGAUGUUUCCUGUAAUCCAUGGCUUCUGGUUGGGGUAUGUACGUACGGUCACUGUGGGGACGACAUCAUCGAUGCACUUAUUGAUGAAGCCAGUGACUGAUGUGGUGUACUCCUCAAUGCUGUCUGAAGAAUCCCUGAACAUGUUCCAGUCUGUGCUAGCAAAACAGUCCUGUAGCUUAGCAUCUGCGUCAUCUGUUAGAAUAAACUCUUACCUUUUUCCUUCACAGGAAGAGAUCUCUUCCAGGAAGGACCUUGAUCUACAAGACCCCUCCUCAUUGGCUGCCGUCGAGGUCCUUCCACCUCCAAGCCCCGCCCCUCAGGUUCUGGAACAGAAAGCUGACGAAUCGAAAAGGGAGACGGUGGACGAGGAG